AUGAAAAUUGGUUUUAUUGGAGCUGGGAAAAUGGCUCAAGCUUUAUGCAGAGGUUUAGUUAAGUCAGGCCGAAUUAAAGCGGAACAGAUUAUUGCCAGUUGUCCGAAAUCAGAUGCUAAUUUGCUUGAACAAAUGCAAAAGUUUGGCAUUACCACAACAAUUGAUAAUACAGAAGUUGUUCGACAUGCUAAUGUGAUAUUUGUGGCAACGAAGCCGCCAGUUGUUAGCAAAGUUGCAGCUGAAAUUGCUCCAAUUAUAAGCAAGGAACAGCAUUUGAUAGUUUCUAUUGCAAUGGGUAUUCCGAUAAGAAAUUUAGAAGCUCUGUUACCAGCAAAAAGCCGCGUGGUACGGGCAAUGCCAAAUACUCCAGCUGUGGUUCAAGCAGCUGCUUCAGCAUUUAGCAUGGGCGCCUCCUGUAAAGAAGGUGAUUCUGAGCUGGUUAGAGAUUUGCUUUCUACUGUAGGCUACGCUGUUGAAGUACCUGAAGUUAUGAUGGAUCCAGUAACUGGCCUCAGUGGCAGUGGACCUUCAUACGUUUUUACUGCAAUUGAAGGAUUAGCAGAUGGAGGCGUAAAAAUGGGUAUGCCGCGAGGACUAGCGAUGAAGUUGGCUGCGCAUACUCUUCUUGGAGCUGCUAAAAUGGUUCUGGAGUCUGGCAAGCAUCCUGCAGAACUCAGAGAUGACGUUCAGUCUCCUGGUGGCAGCUCAACCUAUGGAAUGCAUCAGCUGGAAACUGGAGGUUUCAAAGGACUGCUGAUAAAUGCUGUAGAAGCAGCUUCGUUACGUUCAAAGAAUACUGGACAAAAGACUGCAGCCAAUCUUCCCUCUUAUCGAGCAACUGAAAUGUGGGAAUCGUGA